AUGUCGGGACUUGCAACGGAUGAUCAUUUACUUUCUUAUUUUCAUUACAAUAAAUACAAAAGAAAGUUCAAAAAUAUAAGUUUUAAAAAGGAUGAAUUAAAUCCAGAAGAUUUCCUCAAGGAGAAAAAAUUUGAUAAUUGGAAAAGACCUAUGUAUCUGAAAGUCCUUGAAGAAUUAUUAAAACAUUUACAAAAUCAUGGUGCUUUUUGGGAUUAUGAUAGCGAGGCUUGUAGAUAUAUUAGUUACAUAUUAUCAAAAGAAGUAGCAAAGGAAAAUCAUACAUAUGAUCAAAAAAUUUUUGAAAUGUUUCAGAGAUUUGUGCAUGAAUACAAUCAUCGGCCUGGUUAUAAUUCUCAGCAUUGUUCAACUAGUUUGGUUCAUGUAGAUUCUAAAAUGUAUGAAAAAAUGAAUAAAUUAUAUACACUGUAUGAAAAAUAUGAUGAUCACAUAAAUACACAUAAAGUUUUGGGGAAUGAGGAAAAUUGUCCAGAUUUUAUUCCUUUUCUUCGUAUAUAUAAUGAUUUUAUAGAGCAUAAUCAACCUACUAACGAAUAUUAUAAAAAUAUUUUAGUCCAAUUUGAAAAAAUAAUUAAGGAAAGAAUAGCGUCAUAUAAAAAUAUUGUAUGUCCUUUAACACCAUUUUAUACAGAAGAAAUAAAAUUACCUAAGAAAGAAAAACCUGAAGCACCAGGUCCAAUACAACAGCAACAAAAUCAAGCGAAAUAUGAAGCACCUCCAACAAAAAUUCCACCAAAUGAGGUAGAACAUGAAGCACCUCGUGAAGAGCCUCUAGCAUCUCAUGCAUUUUCCCAAAGAGCUUAUGAAGAAAGUCAAACAUCUCAUGCAGAGUCUGGAGCACAUACUGCACUGUCCCAUAGAGCUCAUGAAGAAAGUCUAUCAUCUCCAAAAUCAUUAGAACCCAGUGUGCAACAUGCCGAACGACAACAAGAACAAGUAUAUCAACAUAGAGAAAUACCUAAAAGUAAAUUACAAAUAGAUUUAUCACCAGAAUAUCCACCACAUAAUGGUCCAUUCGAAUUUCCAGGAACAUCAUUAUAUUCAGAACGCUAUCAACAUUUACCUGAACCACCAUCAUCAAAAGAAGCAGGAGAUACCUCAUCAUCAGUGAUGAGUACCAUUACUAGCGCUUUAAGGGAUGUUGAACCAGGACCUGUACUUGGUGUAUCUGGUGGGAUGGGGGUUUUAUUUUUACUUUUUAAGUAUACUCCAGUUGGAUCUUUCUUUGGAGGAAGAAGAGGACGAUUCCGUCAAAUUCCUAGUAGUUUUAGAGGAUUUCCACCAGGAAAUUUCGCAAAUUUUCAGGAAUAUGAUGGUGGAUUUAUUGGAUAUGGUCCAACGAGUAUAUCUUCUCUUGCGGAAUAG